AUGGGCGUCAAGGAGAGUGAUACCGGCCUGGCGCCCCCAAACCUCUGGGAUACAGCCGUCGAUCGAGUUCGGAUGAGCCAAGAGACAUCGUGCUUACAAGUCGCUAGAUGCACCAAGAUCAUCCGCGCCCCCGAUGCAAACGCCUCCCCCGAGGAUGAGGCUUCCAGACGAACCAACGGAAGACAACCCGCCGCCGCCGGGGCUGGUGGUAGGACGCUUCCCGGCGCUGGAAUGUCUCGUCCAAAUGCGGACGAGGAGGAUAAAUAUGUGAUCAACGUCAAACAAAUCGCCAAAUUUGUCGUCGGUCUUGGGGAGCAAAUGGCCCCCACAGAUAUCGAAGAAGGUAUGAGGGUUGGAGUCGACCGAAACAAAUAUCAAAUCCAGAUUCCACUCCCCCCAAAAAUCGAUCCCUCCGUAACGAUGAUGCAGGUUGAAGAGAAGCCAGACGUAACCUAUUCGGAUGUUGGAGGAUGUAAAGAGCAGAUCGAGAAACUGCGUGAAGUUGUCGAGACACCACUUCUCAAUCCUGAGAAAUUCGUGGCCUUAGGGAUUGAUCCACCCAAAGGUGUUAUGCUCUUUGGCCCACCAGGCACUGGAAAAACCCUUUGCGCGCGAGCGGUGGCCAACCGUACCGAUGCCACCUUUAUUCGGGUAAUCGGUUCAGAGCUCGUACAGAAGUAUGUUGGUGAGGGUGCUCGGAUGGUCCGAGAGCUGUUUGAAAUGGCACGAACCAAGAAGGCCUGUAUCAUUUUCUUCGACGAGGUCGACGCAAUUGGCGGUGCCCGACACGAUGACGGACAGGGCGGAGAUAAUGAAGUGCAGCGGACAAUGUUGGAGCUCAUUAACCAGCUGGAUGGCUUUGAUCCUCGUGGAAACAUCAAAGUCAUCAUGGCAACCAAUCGCCCCGACACACUAGAUCCUGCGCUUCUUCGGCCUGGGAGAUUGGACCGACGUGUCGAAUUUUCUCUGCCCGACAACGAAGGUCGAGCCAACAUUCUCAAGAUCCAUGCGCGAUCGAUGUCAAUCGAACGAAACAUCCGAUACGAGCUCAUCGCCAGGUUGUGUCCUAACGCGACCGGGGCCGAGUUGCGCUCGGUUUGUACUGAGGCGGGUAUGUUUGCCAUCAGGGCGCGGAGAAAAGUGGCAAAUGAGAAGGACUUUCUCGAUGCGGUUGAGAAGGUGAUCAGACAAGGAAGCAAGUUUAGCUCGACUGCUCUGUACCAAAACUAUAAUUGA